GGGGAGGACUGUUUAUAUAAACAGGACACCUCUGUAAACGACACUAAUAUUUGGGGUUAGGUGGCGAUGGAAAGGAAGGUCCUUUUGAGCCCGGAGAUUCCGCAGUAACCAGGCGCGGACCUUUCCUAGCAGCUUUUAAGAAAGGGGGUUCGGUUUGGGGUGAUAUUUCUUGGGGGGUGCGCACAACCUACCAUGGCCACAUCCGGCAGGAUCAGUUUUACAGUGAGGAGCAUUUUGGAUUUACCAGAGCAAGAUGCUAAUAGCAUAAAGCAAGUCUCUGAGCAUCACCACUCAGCGGAGAACUACACCGGCUCGCCGUACCGAGGGUGGAUAGAAACAGACAGAAACCACUAUCCCUCUUCCGACGAGAGCGGCCCGGAGAUGAGCUUGCCCGACUCCACCCAAAGGUCGCUUCCCGUCCGCGGCUCGGAGGCCGAGGAGAAGAAGAAGAAGCGGCGGGUGCUCUUCUCCAAGGCGCAGACGCUGGAGCUGGAGCGGCGGUUCCGGCAGCAACGAUACCUCUCGGCUCCGGAGCGGGAGCAACUGGCCCGGCUGCUCAGCCUCACCCCCACGCAGGUGAAGAUCUGGUUCCAGAACCACCGCUACAAGAUGAAGCGGGCGCGCAGCGAAGGUCCCGGCAGUCCCCCGCCGCGCCCGCCCGCGCUGCUGCGCCGGGUGGUGGUACCGGUGCUGGUGCGGGACGGGGAGCCCUGCCGCGGCUGCCCCGCCAGCCCACCGCCACCCACCCCACGGCCCAAGCUGGGCUGCGCCCUGGCGGGGUGCAGCGCCCAGGCCGCCCUCGCCCUGCAGGGUUACGGAGCCUGCCCGCCCUCUGCCGCCCUCGGCGUCUUCCCCGCGUACCAGCACUUAGCACACCCCGCCGUCGUCUCCUGGGGAUGGUGACAGCGGCGCUUCGCCCUCUGGGACCGGACUCAUCCCACGGGCGCGGGGCGGCCCGCUCCAGACCCAGGCUCUAGCGCGGAGAAGCGCCGAGGCGCGCCGGGGCACCGCGGAGGCCGCGCUCGGGCGGGCCGGGCGGCGGAGCGCGGCUCCGGGGCAGUGGCCCGCGGGCCGGAACGAAGCUGGCCCGGGCCAUGCUCCCCUUCUCCGGUCUCGCCCGAGGGCGCGGAUGCCGCGUGAGGCGCGAAUUUUGUAAAACCUCCGCUCUUCCUGCUCCUUUUCGAGAGAUUCCUAGUUACAAAAUAAUGAUCAUCCUAGCGACAUAGUGUGUUUUAAAAUAGCUGACUCUUCCAGCGACUAAUAAAACUGGUUUUGGCAAUUAAUUUUUUCUCUACAGAGAAGAGUAGUUUUGACGAUUGGGACUGUUUCGUAGGAUUGCCUUCUGUGCUAUGAAAGCUUAAAUAUGGCCUUGAUUGCGCCAGCCGAAUUUAACUUUCAAGUUUGUUUAUUUUAUCUACAUGCGACGGUAAAGGGUGAAUAAAGUUUGCUGUAAGCAUCCCA